AUGGACUUCAGAUAUGCGAAAAUUCGUCAGAGACAAGACCAAGAUUAAUAGUUCAAGAAGCUAUUUAAGGGUCAUAUUUCCGUGGUAAAAAACUAUUUAGUUUUCAAAAGUUCUAAAUAACCCGAUAUCGGCAGCAGCUACUAGGAUGUCUGUAGCAUAUUUCAAUGGCUUGAUAUUUCGAUGUGGCUUCAUGAGGUGUAUAAGAGUAGAGAGAAGAUUUAUUUAGUUAUGAAUUAUGCCAGUCAUGGACCCUUGUUAGAACAUUUACAGAAGAACCCUAAUCUCUAAGAAUCUGACAUCCGCUUAAUUAUGGGCUAACUAUUGUUAGCUCUAGAUUUUAUGCACAAAAAAUAAAUAGUACAUAGGGAUAUAAAGCCCGAUAAUAUAUUAGUCAUGGACAAGGACAACCUUCAAGUUUGUAUAGCAGAUUUAGGAUUUUCCUGCAGUUUGAAUGAGCCUGACGUUUUACAGAAAAAAUGUGGCACUCCCGGAUAUGUUGGACCAGAAGUAUUAAAAGGCCAGAAGGCUAGUACCAAAAGUGACAUUUUUAGUUUAGGGUCCUUGUUUUAUAAUCUAUUGGCAGGACAGAUGCUUUUUGGGGGUCGCACAGCCAAAUAAGUAUUAUAAAAUAAUUAAAUCUUAGAUGCGUAAAUCAUCAUUGAUAGAGACAAACUUAAAGUUUCUAAAGAAAGUCUAUCAUUACUGAAGUGGAUGGUACAUAAAGAUCCGUAUAAGAGGCCAUCUGCUGAAGAAUGCUUAAAUAAGCUCUCUAAUUCUCAAUUUAAUUAAACAAUGUUGCAUCACGCAUCAAAGCUCAGAAUAGCUAGAUCUAUGAUUAAAUUGUAUAAGAACCUAUCUUCUAGUCAUUUAUAAUGGCUCCAAAUUAUUACUGAAAAGGAUCUUCAUCUGGACUCAAAUUAAUCCUUCCUCAUGAAAAUGAAGAUUCUUCUUAGGGAGGAGAUAGUAAUAAAGCACUCUAAGAACACCGUAGAAAGACACCUAAUAGUACCUCGAAUCGGCAUCUAUGCAGCAAACUAAGGUCUGCCCAAAAGAGUCUAAACUGCCAAUGCAUUACCUAAAAAAGAAAGUGAUAAAAAAAGUUUAUUUUUCAAGAAAAAGUUAGCUCCAGCUGACCCUAAUAUGCUGCACGUUGAUAGUCCACUUUUACCAAGAAAGAAAAAAUAAUAAUCAUCUGAAGAAAAGGAUUGCAAAGAUGAAGAAAUAAAGCUACCUUUAAAAUUGAUAGAGUUACUAGAAGAAUCAAAGAAUUACAAUGAAGUUGAAUUCGAAGAGUACCCAGAGGAAGAUGAUAUAUUUAUUGAAAAUAUCACAGAGAAACUAAAAAAUCUAGUUGAAAUUAAAGACAUUCUAGAAAAGCAUAAUACUCUUGGAUCUAAAAAUAAAAGCAAUAACCGUAAAAUUACUCGCAGAAUUUUUCAACCAUAAAAUUCUCCAGUGUAAAUUUCAUUCACAAAAUGA